GAUUUGAGACUGAACUCCCAUCUCCUCAGCUACAGCACCUGAUUAAAGCCUUCUUCCUUGGCAAUACUUGCCACCUUAGUGAUUGGCUUUCUGUAUGGCGAGCAGCAGGACCUAGACCAAACCUCCGGUGUUUCAGUAACAAUUUAAAAAAUAGAUUAUAAAACAAAGGUGGUACAGAAAGUAUCUUGAUAAAUCUGUGGUGAAACUGAAAGUAGAUUUUUCAUUUCCAGAUUAUCAAUUUGGGAUUUAGCUGAUCAGGAUACCAAUUUACAAAUUAGCCAAUCCAGUAUGUGUGUAUGUAUACACAUACACCCAAAACUUCUUAGUAUUUCUUGCUAGUGAGGCAGGAUAUUUCCUUGACCCCUUAAUGGGUCUCGCAACAGGUGCCUUGUUUACUCAGCCUGCUGCUCUCAACUCCUUAUGGGAGGGAGUGUGCGAGCAAACAAGGUAGGAACUGGAGUGCAUGAGCGCUGGAGUCAGCUGGCCACUUGGGCACUGGCAGGAUCAAACUCCACUCAGACCCACUGCCUUCCACCCCUUGUGGGAGGGAGCACACAGAGAAAAAUAUUUGUUGAAUGAGUGAACGUGGGAUGUCUGUUCAUUUUGGUAUAUUACUUUGCUUUCUGGGCUGAGCUCAGGACAGAUGCCAAAGCCUUUCCCUCUAAUGACAUCAAAGCCCUACUUCUAAAACCAGACUGGAUGUGAUUCCCUUCUACAAACAGAUUCAGUAAAGAAAUGUGAAUACUCCCACAAAAAGCCCAUGAGCAUGUUUUUGAACACAUUAACACCGAAGUUCUACGUGGCCCUAACAGGCACUUCCUCACUAAUAUCAGGGCUUAUUUUGAUAUUUGAAUGGUGGUAUUUUCGCAAAUAUGGAACUUCAUUCAUUGAACAAGUCUCAGUAAGCCACUUGCGCCCCCUUCUGGGAGGGGUUGACAACAACUCUUCCAACAAUUCUAAUUCCAGUAACGGGGACUCAGAUUCCAAUAGGCAAAGUGUCUCAGAAUGCAAAGUAUGGCGAAAUCCACUAAAUUUAUUUAGGGGUGCUGAAUAUAAUCGGUAUACUUGGGUGACAGGACGAGAGCCUCUUACUUACUAUGACAUGAAUCUGUCUGCCCAGGACCACCAGACAUUCUUUACUUGUGACUCGGACCAUCUGCGUCCCGCAGAUGCAAUAAUGCAGAAAGCCUGGAGAGAGAGAAACCCCCAAGCUAGGAUUUCUGCAGCUCAUGAAGCCUUGGAGAUAAAUGAAAUUAGGUCCAGAGUUGAAGUUCCCCUAAUUGCUUCCUCUACCAUCUGGGAGAUAAAAUUGUUACCAAAGUGUGCAACUGCUUAUAUUCUCUUGGCUGAAGAGGAAGCAACAACCAUUGCUGAAGCAGAAAAAUUAUUUAAGCAGGCCCUGAAGGCUGGAGAUGGCUGUUACCGACGCUCUCAGCAGCUACAACAUCAUGGAUCCCAGUAUGAAGCCCAACAUAGACGAGACACCAAUGUCUUGGUGUACAUCAAAAGAAGGCUAGCAAUGUGUGCCAGAAGACUCGGGAGGACCAGGGAAGCAGUGAAAAUGAUGAGAGAUUUAAUGAAGGAGUUCCCCCUUCUGAGUAUGUUCAAUAUCCAUGAAAACCUUUUAGAAGCCCUUCUGGAACUACAAGCAUACGCUGAUGUUCAGGCAGUCUUAGCAAAGUAUGAUGAUAUAAGCUUACCAAAGUCAGCAACAAUAUGCUACACAGCUGCUUUGCUCAAAGCAAGAGCUGUCUCUGACAAAUUCUCUCCUGAGGCUGCAUCUCGGCGGGGGCUGAGCACAGCAGAGAUGAAUGCAGUAGAGGCCAUUCAUAGAGCUGUGGAAUUCAAUCCUCAUGUGCCAAAAUACCUACUAGAAAUGAAAAGCUUAAUCCUACCCCCAGAACAUAUCCUGAAGAGAGGAGACAGUGAAGCAAUAGCAUAUGCAUUCUUUCAUCUUGCACACUGGAAGAGAGUGGAAGGGGCUUUGAAUCUUUUGCAUUGUACGUGGGAAGGCACUUUUCGGAUGAUCCCUUAUCCCUUGGAAAAGGGACACCUAUUUUAUCCUUACCCAAUCUGUACAGAAACAGCAGACCGAGAGCUGCUUCCAUCUUUCCAUGAAGUCUCAGUUUACCCAAAGAAGGAGCUUCCCUUCUUUAUUCUCUUUACUGCUGGAUUAUGUUCCUUCACAGCCAUGCUGGCCCUCCUGACACAUCAGUUCCCGGAACUUAUGGGGGUCUUCGCGAAAGCUUUCCUCAGCACUUUGUUUGCCCCCUUAAACUUUGUCAUGGAGAAAGUGGAGAGCAUCCUCCCAUCCAGUCUGUGGCACCAGCUAACACGGAUCUGAGAAGCCCUGUCCUCCACUCACCUCACCCGCCGCUGCCACCAUCUCCUCUGUGCCAACUCCUUGUGGACCGCAAGAAAGCAUGACUUUGAAAAAGGGAAGCCAUUCCGAGAUUUUAAAAUGUUCAUGGACUAUUCCAUAUUAAAAGCUGUUUUUGUUGUACAAAAUUCACUGAUGUUCAGUUCUAUUUUAUUUUGCCUUCAGAAAAGAAGAAAGUCAAAAAUAAAACUUUUGUGUAUUACAGCAAUCAUUUGUAUCCUCCUGUGUCUUCCAACCCUAAAAUUGUUGAUGUCCCAAAUAAACCUUUGGAUUUACCUUGA